AGUAGACGAGAGAAGCAGCAGCAGCAGACGAGAGAAGCAGCAGCAGCAGACGAGAGAAGCAGCAGUAGACGAGAGAAGCAGCAGCAGUAGCAGCAGUAGGAGCCCUCUCCUCGCUCCGGCUGAGUUCGCAGUUCGCGAACGUUGCGCAGCGUGGCGACUCGGGGCGACUCGGGGCGCGCGUCUGGCCACUGUGCCGCGUUGUAAUGUCGCUACAAGUGGCCCGCGUGUGUUGGGGCAGGCGGGAGGGCACGGCCACAGUGCACGGCUACACGUGCACUGUUUGUUCGUGUUGUGUUUCAUUGGGGGAUUCUUUUUUAAAGUCUGACCGUGAAUAUUACCAUUUUAAUUCUGGAGUGGGAUUAUGCAAAAUUAUUACAACACUCCGUGUGCGCUGAAUGUGCUGCGGUGUUCAUAAUUGAGAUUUGUAUUUAUCAGUGCCACCACUGGGGUUUAACAACCCAGUUUGGUGAAUUUUCUUAAAUGUGCUAUUUUAAAUCGACCAAGGAAACAACUGUCAAAAACAACCUCAGCAAUUUAAUUUCCUCCCAAUCUCGGUGUCUGAAGUCCUGUCCUUGUUUCUCCACUCACCUCCAAUUCGCAGGAUGGAGCCCUGUACAUGUGCCGGUUGUGUAACCAGUUCUCACCCAACAAGACCCGACUCCUGUCACACGUGACCGAGUGCCACCCAGGAGAAGAUGAGCCUCCUGGCACCAUCGUCAUUCUUCUCCAGCCUCUGUCCGAAGCCGGAGUUGCGAAUUCUGGGCAGCUGGAGGUGAAGAAAAAGAGGGGACGGCCUAAAGGGUCACGCAAGAAGUCCAGCGUUGAUGCUUCAGAUGCCUCCGAGGUUGAUGACAAUACGAAGGCUAAGACCCACUCUGAAAAGAGUAAUCCUGCAAGCACUGUAGGAACAGAAGAGCUCCAGGUUGACAUUGACUGUGGUGGUGAAGGGGGCCCAGUAAACAACAACCCAGACAGAGAGCCCGAGCCUGAGGAGCAAGUGGCUCACGACCAAAUGAAUUGUGGGAAAUGCCGGCGCAGAUUCUCCAAUCAACGUCAGCUGAGAAAGCAUCGCUGCAUGCCACUUGUGGGCGAGGACAGAGAUGAUGCAGAGGAGAGGAGGGAGAAAGGUGCCUCUAUGCCUGCAGAGGUGGCAGACUCUGGAGAACGAAAUGAGCAACAUAACAUAAAAGGAGACACGGAACAAGCAGAGCCAGCGAACAUUCAGAAAGUAGUGCACGAAGACUCGACUGCACCUACCGAGGAGAGCAAUGCGCCUGCUGGCUUGCUGCUGAUGCCCCAGGAGGCCGUAUCAGCAAGGACCGUGCCAGCACCUGGCCCAGAGGAGUCAGCUGACACGGUGAUGCAGCCUGCCGCCAUGGAAGCUGCCAAGGAACGAGGCUUCCAGGAGUACUCCAUCUCACAGCUCUGCACCGGACAAAACAACAUCACGAGGGCAAACAGUCUGAAGAUCUUCUCGUGCGAGUACUGUGGAAAGGUCUUCAAGUUUAAGUAUUCGCUGCAGGUCCAUCUGCGUGUCCACACCCAGGAGAAGCCGUAUAAGUGCCCUGACUGUGACUAUGCCAGUGCCAUCAAGGCCAACUUGGUGGUGCACAUUCGCAAGCACACGGGCGAAGCCUUCAGCUGUGAGAAGUGCCCCUUUACCUGCCGCAACCGAGGACACCUGCGCGUGCACAUGGAGCGCGUGCACCAGCGGGUGAAGCACGCCUGCUCCUUCUGCAGGAUGCGCUACACCGAAGUGAAGAACUUGCUGAAGCACCUGGAGCAGACCCACGACCAGCAGGAUGAAAAGGUGCGCGUGGCUUAUGCCGAGCUGAGGCUGCGCACGCGCGAGGGCCGGCGCCAGCUGCUCUACACGUGCCCCGUGUGCGGCCACGCCUUUAAGACGCAGUACGCCCGUGACCAGCACCGGCUCACCCACGCCGAGCCCGGCGUGCACCACACGCUCUCGUGCCACCUCUGCAGCUACGCGGCAUCCCGCCUGUCGGUGCUCAAGGCCCACGUGCACAGGCACCGCAUGGUGUACACGUGCGCGGUUUGCACCUGUAAGUUUGUGAGCGCGGCCUGGCUCCGAUCGCACCUGGCCAAGCAGCAUGCCGAUGAUCCACGCUUCGCGUCCGACGCCCUCUUCGACGAAUCCCUCGGUCGGAGCUUCUACCUCGUGGAGCCUGGCAUCGGUGAGGAUUCGGCCGAUGCCGAGCAGCCCGACACCAGGGAUCAAAAGGACGACCAGACGCUAAUUCAGGACCCUCAAACGUCGCUCUACAAUGCAGCGGACGGCGAAAAGCUCGGCCAGGAUGGCGACGGGGCAUUGCUGUUGAACGUUGGCUUACAGACGAGCGGGGAGAACGAUCACCUGCAGAGCAAAGCAGACCUGGAGUGCUGCGAGGCUGCAGCGACGAGCAGCAGUGACCUGGAGCCAGGUUCAUCCGUCGUGGGACCCGAGUCUGAAUGUUUCAGCAUGGCCAAGGACAUUGAUGGCGCACAAGAGGGGUUGUCCGCUUUUGAUUUGAUCUUCAGUGAGCUGCCGAAGAGGUCCCUCAGCCGCGCUGUGUACGAGAAGCUGAGACGAGAGUUCGGAGACCUGGAGUGUGAACAUUGUGGGAAGCUCUUCUGGUACCAGGGCAUGUUGGACAUGCACUUGCGGACACACACGCGCGAGCACCCCUACGUUUGCACGCAGUGCGACUACUCGUCUGCCACCAAGAACGGACUCAAGCGGCACGAGACGCUCAAGCACGGCCAGCAGCAAAUGAGCUGCAGUGAGCCUGGCUGCACCUUCGCCACAGCCGACAAGUACAAGCUGCAGGGACACGUACAGAGACGGCACUCCGCGAAUAAGGAGCAUUUGUACCAGUGUCCGGCUUGUAACAAAACCCACACUGAUGGGCGGGCAUUCAAGAGCCACAUAUUUAGGCAGCACCCAGAGGUGCCAGCAAGCAGCAUCGCGAAGCUGCUUGGCAAGCCGGUGCAGAUGAAGGGACUGAUCGGAAAGCGUGCCAUCAAAUGCCCAUACUGCGACAAGCACUUCCACAAAGCCAGCACUGACCUGCAGCGCCACAUCUGGUCCCACGAAGGCCUGAAGCCGUUCAAGUGCUCCAAAUGUCCCUAUGCCACUGGCAACAAGAGCAAUCUGACGUCGCACAUGAACACACACAGCAUGGAGAAAACCCAUCUGUGCGACAUCUGCGGCAAGAAGUUCAAGACCAAGGGAAACCUGACCAACCACAAACAUCUGCACUCGCAGAAAGACAAACAAUUCAAGUGCCUGCUGUGCGACUUUUCGGCAUCGGUGAAGUCCAAGCUAACCCGACACAUGGAACAGCAUUCCAGCUCGAAGCCUUUCCGGUGCGAGCACUGCAGCUACUCGUGCAACCAGGUGAGCUCCCUCAAGAGACACCACCACAAAAAGCACCCAGACCUGGACUACACGAACCCUGCCAAGAGCAACCAGAGCCAGCACCAGCUGCUGAGUCCAGGUGGGGUGAAGUGCCCCAUCUGCGACUAUGUUUACCAUACCAAAUGGGAGCUGAACCGCCACUUUAAGACUCGCCACAACCUAAAGCUGCUCCAGACACCUGAGAUGCGAGGUUUGGAGCAGGAGCAUGCCCUGGUGCUGUCAGUGGACACCGCCAGCCACAUGGAGGAGCUGGAGGAAGCACGCAGCACGGAGACCGCAGUGGCCGCCUUGCAGGACCUUCGCUACACGAUAGAGAGCGUAGAGCAAGUGGGCGGGUCAGCUGUCAACCUCCUGCAUCAGAUCAUCGAGUUGGGGUCGGACGUGACGCCUGGAACGGUGAUGGUGGAGGAGGCAUGUACGGGCUAUGAAGUGCAGCACAUGGUCAUUUCAUCGGCCGUCGAGGCCGCUGUGGAGGCGGUGACCAUGUACAGCCAGGGUGAGCCAUCGUCCGAGUUCAUCGUCUACGUGCAGGAGGACGCCGCGCCCGGGCAGCCCGAGAUGGUCAACACCGAGGAGACGGAAGUGGUGGAGACGGUGGAGAUGGCAGAAACGUUGAUGGAGGAGGAGACGUUGAUGGAGACGGAAGAGACGACAGAAAUGGAAGAGACGGUGGAGACGGUCGAAACAGAACUCGCAGGCGGGGAGACGGAGCAGCAGGGAUAGCAGUUCCCUUGCCUGUGCCACUGGGUGGGCGACGACCUUCAGUGCUGGCAUGAGGCUGGGUGAGCAACAACAAUCUCCAGUAGUUCAAUUGAAAAUUAUAAAAAAAAACUAUUUAAGCAGUUAACUCUGCCUCACCAUCUUC